AUGUAUUCUCAACUUGUUCUCAGGUAUGAGCGCAGUGAUGAGAGUGAGACAGACCACAGCAGGAGUAGUAGCGAAGCCCGAAACAGCAAUGCGCAUACACCUCCGCAAGCAGGCGCUAGGAAGGGUACUACCAGAGCCCGGGUGAAGGGUAAGAAGGUACGAGGGGGCGGUGGUAAACACUUCAAUGUACAACUGCCCAGACAGAGUCUUCGUCGCUUGCUUAUGAAUGAGCUCGAGCCUGGUACUGUCCAUUGGGGACACAGCUUCGUAUCGUAUCGAGAUAACACGGACUCUGCAAAUACGUACGCUGGCACAGAUAGCUGCAACCACACGGACGAGGGCCAUACAAAUCGAUUGUGUAGUCGACGUGGCGUUGAUGUGACCCUCAGUCGUACGAUUAACACGGGUAGUGCGGGGAAUAGACGGGAAACUGAACUGUUGACUGUCCAUGCAGAUGUAUUGGUGGGGGCGGAUGGUAUCUGGUCCUUGGUUCGAAAGCAAAAAAUGCGCGAGGCCGGCGUAUAUGGUGGUCAAUCACGCGCGACAUGUGAGCGUGAAAGUAAUCACAACAGGGAGUGCGAUGAGGGCUACGCUGAGGUUACAUGUAUCAAUCACGAAGUAAGCACUGAGCAUGCCAAAGCACCUGGCAAUGUAGCUGCGGAAGCGACCUGUGUGGGAACAAAUGGCAGCCUCGAUGGUGCGAAUAACCACAACGCGGCAGUUAAUGAAUUGGCUUUAUAUGGAGAAUCGAGUGGCCUCAGCGUGAAUACUAGUGCUGCAUUGGCUCGAUCGCCAGCGCUGCGGUAUCUGGGUAUGAUGGUUAUAUUAGGCUUUGCGCCCAAUCCAAACCAUCCGCUUACAGAAAACCAGAUAUUCCAGACUAUGGAUGGGUGCACGCGUAUCUACACAAUGCCUUUCACAUCGCCACGUGCAGAUACUGAGCUCACAGAAUCCACCAGGGACUCUGAAAGUCCUAUGAUACACCAUUGCGACAGCAUUCCAAGCGAUGGCGUUGGUAGUACGAUGAAUGCUUGUGUUGGUGAAGCACACUCGCACGUAGAUCCAGCAACAAUUGAGAACCAAACCAUGUGGCAGCUGAGCUUCCCGGUCACCCUGGAGGAGGCAAAGGCUUUACAAGCGCUGGGCGCUGAUGGUCUGAAACAGCACGCCAUCAAGCUGUGUGAGGGCUGGCAUGACCCUGUAGCGCAGAUCCUGACAACAACGCGUGCUGCCAAUAUCACGGGAUAUCCCGCUUUUGAUCGUCCGGCCCCCAUCUCCAAAUGUGGUCACUCGUCAACGCAAGUCACGCCGCACACGCACCGUGCGACCCCUUCACAGAUGGGUGUGAAUACACUCAAGUCCAACGGUGGAGAUCGGGAACCGCCGGAAUUAGAUAUAGAUCCCGCCAAGCACUCGCUGAGUGGUUGUAGCUGUGUCAAUGAGUGCCAUGGUGGAGUUCCCUGUCCUGGUCGUCUGGAGGGUGUGUGCGCUGUUGAUAGGCGCGUAACCUUUGUUGGCGACUCAGCCCACCCCAUGAGCCCGUUCAAGGGCCAGGGGGCCAACCAGGCACUACUGGACGGCCUCAACUUGGCGGUGCAGUUGGCGAGUGAGCGAUGUGCUGCACCGGCUCACCUGACGGAGGGAUGUGGUGACGAUAAUACGGUCAAGCGGGUGAAUGGCGGAGGCCCCAGUGGCCUGGCAACCGGCCCAAGUCAGAGAAAAUUUGAGUGUGGUGAAGUGUAUCCGCCGAUACCUGGUAAUACGUGUUUUUUUUAUUUGCUGUCGGCGUACGAAGGGGCGAUGGUGGAGAGAGUGAGAGCGAAGGUGGAGGGCAGUGCGCUGGCUGCGAGGGUGCUGCACACUCCAUUGGCUCUGGCCAAGGGCAAUUGUACACGUGUUGGUGCACACGUCAGAUGAGGGGACUGGAACUCUAUUCUCCGAUUAAUCGUAUAGCAGUAUGAGAUCGCUCAAAGCGCUAUCACCGCCAUCACCACACAUACCUUGCACCGUUAGGCCUCUCCUUUUCUGGCCAUUGCAGUCUAGUGCAUCACUCUCAAAUUGUUAAUGUAAUCAGGUAAGACAGCGAUCUGCGUUACUAAAACUUGGAGGUUUGUAAAUGCGAACGCAAGAUCUAAACUGGCAAGUAAUGAUUUGUAGAUAUUUCCAAAUUAGUCGUUAACUGUUCACUGCACAUCGUUAAAAAAACGGCCUUGUGAAC